AUGGCUGAGUUGAAGUACAUUUCUGGAUUCGGGAAUGAAUGUGCCUCAGAGGACCCUCGCUGCCCAGGUGCUCUGCCAGAAGGACAGAAUAAUCCUCAAGUUUGCCCCUACAAUCUGUAUGCUGAGCAGCUCUCAGGAUCAGCUUUCACUUGUCCACGGAGCACCAAUAAAAGAAGCUGGCUGUAUAGGAUCCUACCUUCAGUUUCUCACAAGUCUUUUGAAUUCAUUGACCAAGGCCACAUCACUCACAACUGGGAUGAAGUUGAUCCUGAUCCUAACCAGCUGCGAUGGAAACCAUUUGAGAUUCCAAAAGCCUCUCAGGAGAAAGUGGACUUCGUGAAUGGCCUGCAUACCUUGUGUGGAGCUGGAGACAUUAGGUCUAACAAUGGGCUUGCUAUCCACAUUUUCCUCUGUAACACCUCCAUGGGGAAUAGAUGUUUUUACAAUUCAGAUGGAGACCUCUUGAUUGUUCCCCAGAAAGGGAAACUUCUCAUUUACACCGAGUUUGGCAAGAUGCUUGUUCAGCCCAACGAGAUCUGCGUCAUUCAGAGAGGAAUGCAGUUCAGCAUCGAUGUCUUCGAGGAGACUAGAGGCUACAUCCUGGAGGUUUAUGGAGUCCACUUUGAGUUGCCUGACCUGGGACCAAUUGGAGCCAAUGGCUUGGCCAAUCCUCGUGAUUUCUUGAUACCUGUUGCCUGGUAUGAAGAUCGCCAAGUGCCAGGUGGUUACACUGUGAUUAAUAAAUACCAGGGCAAGCUAUUUGCUGCCAGACAGGAUGUCUCCCCAUUCAAUGUUGUGGCUUGGCAUGGGAAUUAUACCCCCUACAAGUACAACUUGGAGAACUUUAUGGUCAUCAAUUCAGUGGCCUUUGACCAUGCAGACCCAUCCAUUUUCACGGUAUUGACUGCCAAGUCUGUACGCCCUGGAGUGGCCAUCGCUGAUUUUGUCAUCUUCCCACCUCGAUGGGGGGUUGCUGAUAAGACCUUCAGGCCUCCUUAUUACCACAGGAACUGCAUGAGUGAAUUCAUGGGACUCAUCAAAGGUCACUAUGAGGCAAAGCAAAGUGGGUUCCUGCCAGGGGGAGGCAGCCUGCACAGCCCAAUGACUCCCCAUGGGCCUGAUGCCGACUGCUUUGAGAAGGCCAGCAAAGCCAAGCUGGCACCUGAGAGGAUCGCUGAUGGCACCAUGGCAUUUAUGUUUGAGUCUUCCCUAAAUAUGGCCGUCACCAAGUGGGGGCUGAAGACCUCUAACUGUCUGGAUGAGAACUACUACAAAUGCUGGGAACCUCUCAAGAGCCACUUCACCCCCAAUUCCAGGAACCCUGCAGAAACUAAUUGA